AUGGAAGACUUACCAGUACCUGUCAUGUCCGACAUUCUGUCAAGACUUCCUGUGAAGACAAUCAUCCAAUGCAAGUGUGUAUGCAAGAAGUGGCUGGAUCUCGUUUCCGACUCUUACUUUGCCAAUCUUCACCUCUCAAGAUCACCUGCAAGCCUUAUGAUUCAUCAUAGUUCUGAAAUUAACGAGAGAGCAGGUAUUUUGAAGUGGGUGGAGCUUGAAAACAAAGUCAAUCACCACAAUUUACAGCAUGACCCUGCCAUGAGUCUUGACCUUAAUCUUGCACCCAUUUUCCAAGACGCUCAAAUACUUGUUGUGGGCUCGGUCAAUGGUUUGCUCUGCCUGUGGAAUGGACUUAACUCUGAUAACUAUUUCAUAUGCAAUCCAGUGAUGGAGGGAAUAUAUGAUCCUCCCCACACAACAUUACCAUAA